CAACCCGUUUCGUCAACGUGGCCUCAGUGUGUGUCCAAUGAUCACUGUGUGUGUCUAAUGAUCACUGUGUGUGUGUGUGUCAGAUGGAGUUGGCAGUGGCUCCUCUGUGCAGGAGAGUAUCUGAUUUGGGGAAACCUUACCGGAUGCUGCGCUCCUUCAGGCCGCUGCUGUUCCAGAGCAGCGAGCUGAUCUCUAGCAGCCUGGCUGUGGGGGAGCUGUUCCCCUGCAGCACCCUGCUGCACUUCUUCUUCACCAGAGCCCCCCCCGAGCUCAAGUCUCCUCACCAGAGAGCCGAGUGGUCUGUGGCGCGGUAUUCCCAGUGGCUGGACGAUCACCCCUCUGAGCGGGACCGGCUCUCCCUCAUCAGGGGCGCUCUGGAGGCCUACGUGCAGGCGGUAAGGGCCCGGCAGGGGAAGGAGUUUGCUCCCAUCUAUCCCAUCAUGCUCCAGCUGCUCCAGAGAGGCAGCAGUGUCUGAGUGGGGGUUCCCGAGCUACUUCUGCAGCAUGUUUGUGGAUUGGGUUUAGUGCUGUACAUAAUGCUUCCUUUGCUCUUUAGAACUGUAGCAGCUGAAACAGGGAUCUUUCUUACUUGGAAUAUGAUCACUGAAUGAAGGGACACAUGCAUAUUUACUACAGGCACUCCAUAUUGAACCAAACAUUUACCUGGAUAACCUGAGUGACCAAAGUCUUAACUACAAUCAUGACACUUAGUAUAAAAUCUGCUAACAAACUAGUUGAAAUACAAAUGUUGACUGUUAUUUCCCAGGUUGUGUAUGGAAAGCUGAACCAUAUGAUCCUCACACUGUCAUGUCUUUAAUAUACAGACCCAUGUGAUCAGAGGUUGUGUGCUGUUCUUGAAUGACUUGAGAAUAAAUGGGGAGAUGUUUGAA